CCACAAGUUACUGCCAGCUGAAAAGGAUGAUGGGGAGUGAUGAUGAAUGCAUUUCCAUUUGCUGCAAAGAAAAUUUUAGACAGUUUCACUCAUUUUAAACCGAGAUAAAAAGGCCGCUUUGAAACGAAGAGUAAAUUAAUGGCUACCAAUUUCUGGUGACCAUGAGGGGCUGGCUGGGACCCUGCUCACUCCAGAGUCUGCAGACGGGAUCUUGGGAGAACUGGCCAAAGUCCAUGAAAGGCUGGAAUUCUUGCCGCGGCCAGCUGUCUCACAUCUUCGUGUAGUGCCUGGCCUACGCCAGAGAGAAAACGGUUGAGCAACCCUUUCAAGACUGAGAUGUCCUCAAAGACCGUGCAGACCUUUCAAGUUACCAAAAAGGUAAAGUAAUCUGAUCAUCUUAUUAAGUAGUAAAGUGAUUGCAUGCCCUUCCCUGCAGUGUUUUCUUCACACUGCUUCGGCCUCCCUCAUUCAUAUUUUUCUGAAGGAAAAGUAAAUUUCCCCUGAGCUGGCUGCCGGAGCGAUCCUCCCUCUCCAGAACUGGUGUUGAUCUCAAGGUUUAGGUUCCGUUUGUGGUGAAUCGUUUAUAUUGGCCGAGGUGCCUCUCAUUCCUUCGUGGUCUUCCUUGUCUUGGAGAAAGACUGUUCUGCCCUGACCUGGGGUUGUGGCGCUGGAGUUCAGGCGGGUUGUCUGUAUUUGCUGCUAAAAAUGUCACCGUAUUCAAAUGGAGGUGGUAUUUGAGGUGGAAACUUUGAAGGUUUGUCUUUUCAGUAGAAAAGCAAAAUUUUAGGUGGAUCGUUGUUUCUGCAAAAAAGCCAAAGCCUUGUCUCCUCAGUGGCGUGCUUGCCGUGGUGGUCCCACGUGGCAGACUGGUGCAUCGUGGGAAACCAAGUGAUCUCUGCAGUGCACCCGCGAGAGGAACCGAGGCCCUGAUAACCGAAGCCUGGUCAGGGGGCCUGAUCCUCUCUUCCAAGUGCAAUUACUACAUAAAUUUUAAUUAGGAAAUUCCCUUUCCAUUUAAAAAUUAUUUAUUUUUUGAAAUUGCGGUAAAAUAUACACGGCAUAAAAUCUACCAUUUUAACCACGUUUAAGUGCACGGCUUCGUUGCGUUAAAGUCCACGUUAUUGCGCCACCGUGGCCACCGCCACGUCCAGAGCUUCUUCCGUCCUGCGAGGCAGAAACAGUGGCUCCCCGUCCGCCCUCCCCCAGUGCUCUAGUCUCCAGCUCUGUGAACCGGGCCAGCCGACCCCUCCUGUGAGUGGAAUCACGCAGAGUUCGUCCUGCCGAGACCGGCUGACCUCACUCAAGGUGCUGCCCUCCAGGUUUGUCCGAUGCUAACAGGUGUCAGAAUUUCCCUCCUUUCUAAGGCCGAGUGAUAUUCCGUUGUAUGCGUAUACACUUUUUGUUUAUUCCCUUUUGCAGACAGAAUUGUGGCAGAAGAUAAAGGAAAGAAGUCAUACAAGUAAAUAUGACAUGUCUGGAGAAUGAAUUUCCAGUUUUCCACAAAUAAGAAAGCCCUUUCUAAGGAUUUUUGCAUUUUGAAAAGAUUCAUACAUAUUUUUCCUGUUACUAGAUUGGUAUUUUGAAAAGUCCUAAUUUCUUCUUUUCAGCAUAUACGCAUACAAAUACAACUUUUUCAGAAAAGCCUUUCCUGAUUCCCUUCCCCACUGUAGCUGGAAGUCAUCUCUGCUGAAUUCACAAAACGUUCAUCUGUAUCCCUCUAAAAACACGUAUUUCUCUACCUGGUUUUGUAUUUGUCAAGUUGUCUGAUGUUCGGCAUCAGGUUCCAAGUUCCUUAAGGGUGAGAUUCGUGUCUGCCGUGUGUAUUCCCAGAUGCCCGUGCCCUUGAUCUGUGAUGCUACCUGUGCACUGUAUUUAUUUCUUCCCAACAAAGAAAGAGUUCUGUGUCCUCUUUGCUUUGGGGAAGUUUCUCAAGCUUCUGUCUUUCUUCCCACUAAACUGAUAGCUGAUGCCGUGGGAAAAAUUAUGAUUAAUAACAUUUUGAUCCUAACCCCAAGGACAAGAGGGAUACGGAGCAGUUACUAAGGGAACUGGAAGGGGAGAAACCAAGGAGAAAGCGAUUUUCUGGAAGAAAGGGUAACUGCUCAGUUCAGGGAGGCCAAGGACCCGGACUAGUUCGCAGUUUCGGCAGGUUCAGAAGAGUCACGGGAACAAAGCCAGGCUGAGGGACUCAGGGUUGGGUGUUCCGUCGGGGGGAGGCCUGUGUCCAGGGCGCUCAUGUUCUCUGCUCAGGGUAAGGGGAGAAAGGAGAGACUGUUCCCAGAGAGCCGGGGUGGGGGGGAGGGCAGCAGGCAGAGGAAGGCAUCUUUGUGAGCUGAGAGAGGAAAGUGCCCUGUGGAGGCCCUGUUGUGGGAGGACGGGCCCCACGGUGUCGCCAGCAUCCGAGGCCCUGUUGGGGGAGGACAGGCCCCGUGGUGUUGCCGAGCAGCGGAGGCCCCAUUAUGGGAGGACGGGCCCCACGGUGUCACCAGCAUAAGUUACCCUCUGAGGCUUCUGCUCAUUUGUUCGGACCGAUGGGAAAUACCUGCUCUUCCCCGGAGAAGCCCACUAACGCAGUGGCUGACGUCUGGGAGUGUGGUGAGGGUCGCUUGUGAAGACUGCAGGGAGGCCUGUCUGUCCAGGGCACAGUUCAGCCACAGACACGUGUGGGUGGCCCUGCCCUGCGGCGUCCCCCUCCCGUCCUGUAGCAGGGGCGCGUGCCCUCUGACUCUCAGCCCUCCUGGGAAGGUGCCGUGAGCUCUUGCGCACGGCGCCCGGGCAUCGCCGCGGCCUCACGCGGGGCCUGCUGGGCAGGGGACAGACGCGGGUGUCAUAUGCAGAGCCCCAGAAUCCGGGCAGACGUGAGACGUUAUCCGGUGCCACGCAGGAGGACGCGCUGUAGUGGCACCAGGGGUCCUUUGACGGGUCUUCUCCUGAGCACGCGGUUCACCCUUCAGAAACGUAACGUGCGGAUGCUUUGUUCUUGUAAUGUAGUUAGAACAUAGACCUUGAACCCAGACUCACCAGGACUGCAGUUAGUGGAAAAUGUAGCAGUGACACUUCUGGGCCAUAUUUAAUUUCCUUUCCUGCUGAAAUUAUCCUGCUUUGUUAGGCUUUUAUCUUAACAUCACAACCACCGUCUGGGCUUCCUACUGUACGUGAAGCUUCUGUUUCCCAUGUGGUGUCCACAGCCCCUCGGACUCCAGCACAGACCCUGACACCAACGUGGGAUAGAGGAGAAACGCUCGUCGGGGUGUAAUUUCCCCAGAAGAGUCGGGUCUUCUCCCCACGGAGCUCGCGGCACAUGAGCAGUGGUCCCUGGGCAGGGUGGGCACGUGAAGCGUGUGCCGUGUCGGCGGGGAGCGCUCCGGGACGCCGGGAGGGCGCAGGUGGGAGUCACGGGUGCCGUGUGGCGUCCACGCGCAGUCAGCGCGAUACCUGGUGUGGGACGGUGCUGUGGGAUCCGAACCAGACGUCGCCACCGGGAAGGGUCCAGACCACGUGUUCUCACGGGAAGAGUCCAGACGUAGUCACGGGCAAGGGUCCGAGCCAGAUGUUCUCAUAGGGAGGGGUCUGAACCAGAUGUUGUCACGGGGAAGGGAAACCGUUGCUGAGGAGGGUUUUAAGACUGCGGUGCCUGUGUGUGCAGGUUUUUCAAGAACACAAAACAAAAAGUCAGCCUACGGGUAAAUUAGCCCACAGUGUGGACGCCAAGCACUUGGGGCGCCCACCACCCGCGUCGACAGCCUGUUUGUAGGCGGCAGCGAACAACUGCUGGUGAUUUGAGAGAAGAAUGAGCCACUUAAAGUCAAGUCUGGGCUCUUCCCACUUCCCAGGGCUGGUACUUCGAAGGUCUAAAUGUAAAGGACCCUUUUUAAGUCUGAAUCCAUGAACAGAAAGUCUCAAAUGUGCUGUUGACAAAGGACCCAGUUCCGGAGAUCUCAGUUUGCAUCUGGUGGAGCUGGAGAUAAAUGUGCGGGUCCUCAGCACCCGGUGUGUUCUCGAAACGGCGUUCGCGCUCGGACAGCCGCAAUCCGCGUCUGUGACUCGGUGGCUUCGUCACAUCCAGAAUUACAUUCACAAGCCCGUUCCGUGGUACCUCGCAUUAAUUUUACUUUAGUGAGUUUUUAAAUCCAGAAUUUGGAGGCUCGAGAACAGCGUUCAGAAUCAGAGGCCUGUGGACCUGUGUGGUUUUGCAUCAUGAAAUUAACUGUUCGUGUGACUUGGGAAUUUAAUUUAAAAUGUGAAUUUGGGGGAGCCACAUUCUACUCUGCCAAUUAGACUUACUCCCUUGUGCUCAGGGCGAGAGGUGACACCAUGGUGGUUAGGAGGCCCGACUCAAACCAGACUCCGGGGCUCCCAUUUGUGACCUUUUUGUGAACUAUAAGUGACACGUGACAUUAUAUUAGCGUCAGCUGCACAACGUAACGACCCAGUAUUUGUAGAUACUGUGAGGUGACGACAGUAGUCGGUCUGGCUGGUAUCCGCCACCACACGGACUUACAGGACUUUCUUUUCUUGUGAUGAGGUCUCUUAAGAUCUGCUCUGACAGCGGCUCCCAGUUGCGCACACAGCGUCACUGACCGUGGUCACUGUGCUGCGACACCCCCCCGGGGCUGACGUACUUUGUAGCUGGGCUGGUGUCGUGACUCUGGACCGUUGGGUAAGUUGCUCGUGCCUCACUGCGUCUCGCAAAGCUGAAGACUUAAGUGAGGUGCUACAGGUAGAGCCUGAGAACAGCCAGUGCUCCUCGUAAGGAGGUGGUGACCUUGAGGACCGCAGGGCUGAGAAUCGCCCGGGGCGGUGCUCCCUUGAAGCGUAAUUAUGUUGUAUUUUGAUUUCCUUGUUAAAAUGUAAUUUGAAGUCAGUCCCCCCAGAAGGCCAGACCCAUGGGGUCGAGUGAUGGGAAUGUGAACAUGAGCCAACGGCGUCUUCCUUCAGAGUGACGUUUGCAGCCGCCAGCUUCGUGAAACCACUGGCCUGGUUUUGAGGAAAUAACCCACAAAUACCUGAGUAAGGAGCCAGAAAUAGCCAUCGGCACGGCCAAGGGAGCUAACAUUGUUGAGGAUUUGAGGGUAACUGUCCAUAAGUGAAAUGCUUCUUUUUUCUCUCUUGCCAACCUCAAGUUCAACCUCAAGUUGGCAAGAUACAUCUUGAAUUUUAGAAAAUGCCAUUCAGUCAACUUCUGUUGAGCACAGAGUUCACAUGAGACCUGCAGAUGUCAGGUCCGGGAGGUCCAGGGUCCUACGGAAGGGAGGGGCGCCUGGAGGACAUGGCUCUGGCGGCAGUUUGGUGACAGGAGGGGAGACGGAGGCCAGGCUGCCACGGCUACACGGUGAAGAGAGGGCACUGAUGCUACACUAACUGAGUGAAGAAAAUGCACAUCUCGCCCUCGUGGGGCUCAGUCUGACACACUCAUAGUUUUCGCUGGAAGGACAGCAGCAGGUGUGUGGGGAGGUCUGGGGUUGGUUAUUAUUUUUUUAACAUUUAUUUAUUUUUGAGAGACAGACACAGAGCAUGAGCAGGGGAGGGGCAGAGAGAGAGGGAGACAUGGAAUCCGAAUUAGGCUCCAGGCUCCAGGCUCCGAGCUGUCGGCACAGAGCCUGACGCGGGGCUCGAACCCACAGACCGUGAGAUCGUGACCUGAGCUGAAGUUGGACGCUCAACCGACUGAGCCCCCCAGGCACCCCUGGCUUGGUUAUUCUUGAGACAUGGGUACGUGAGCCUGUUUGUGGGCUGAGCUCUUUUCUAAGAGCUGACAGAGCACAGGAUGGAGAGAAACGGGUCUGGAGGAGAUGGGGGCUGGGUCCUCUGCCCCCCCACACCUCCUUCCACGCAGGCGUGUGGACCAUAGCUGGUCUCCCGAGGAGCAGAUGGACGUCUGAAGUGCCGUGUGUCUUCUCCCACUGCAUCUGUUCCUGACACACUCCCGGACCAGGUCUGAACCAGGAGGAUUUCACAGACGCUGUCUUCGGCAGGGAGCCCUCUUGCCGCUCCUAAGCGGCCUCCUGUGUCCUCUCUGCUCCACAGUUAUGCGUCCCUGAUCGCCGACUGGCCCGUCGUGGUCCUGGGCAUGUGUACCGCGUUCAUCGUCGUCUGUGCCCUGGUCGGGGUGUUAGUGCCCGAGCUGCCCGACUUCUCCGACCCACUGCUGGGCUUUGAACCAAGAGGGACUACGAUAGGCCAGAGACUGGUCACGUGGAAUAACAUGGUGAAAAACACGGGAUACAAAGCGACAUUAGCAAACUACCCUUUUAAGUAUGCAGAUGAACAAGCCAAGAGCCACCGGGACGACAGGUGGUCCGAUGAUCACUAUGAACGAGAGAAAAGAGAGGUCGACUGGGACUUCCACAGGGACAGCUUUUUCUGCGACGUUCCGAGUGAGUGGCCUCGCAGGCGACCGGUACUCCAGAGUGGUGUUCACAGCAGCUGGAGGGGAGACCCUGUGGAGUUUACCUGCGAUUAAAUCCAUGUGCAGUAUAGACAAUGCAAGGAUCAGAGCCCACCCGCAGUUCGGGGACCUGUGCCAGAGGACCACGGCCGCGUCCUGCUGCCCCAGCUGGACGCUGGGGAACUACAUCGCCAUCCUCAACAACCGGUCGUCCUGCCAGAACGUCGUGGAGCGAGACGUCGCUCACACCCUGAAGCUGCUGCGGGCCUGCGCCAGGCACUACCACAACGGCACGCUCGGGCCCGACUGCUGGGACGCGGCGGCCAGGAGGAAGGGCCAGCUCAAGUGCACGGGCGUGCCGCGCAAGUGCACCAAGUACAACGCCGUGUACCAGAUCCUGCACUACCUGGUGGACAAAGACUUCGUGGCCCCGAGGGCCGCCGAGCCCACCGCGCCCGCGCUGAGGUACAGCAUGCUCUUCUCCCCCACGGAGAAAGGGGAGAGCAUGAUGGACAUCUACCUGGACAACUUCGCGGCCUGGAACGGCUCCGACGGCGUCACCAGCGUGGCCGGCAUCGAGUUCGGCCUCAAGCACAGCCUGUUCCAGGACCACCUCCUGACAGACACGGCGUACCCGGCCAUCGCCGUCCUGCUGGUGCUGCUGGUCAUGUGCGCCUACACGCGGUCCCUGUUCAUCACCCUCAUGACCGUGUUCGCCGUCAUCAGCUCCCUGAUCGUCUCCUACUUCCUCUACCGCGUGGUGUUCAGCUUCGAGUUCUUCCCGUUCAUGAACCUCACCGCGCUCGUCAUCUUGGUCGGAAUUGGCGCAGACGACGCGUUCGUCCUGUGUGACGUCUGGAGCCACGCCAAGGGCGACCAGCCCCACGCGGGGACGGCGGAGACGGUGGGCGUCACCCUGCAGCACGCGGCGCUGUCCAUGUUCGUCACCAGCUUCACCACGGCCGCGGCCUUCUACGCCAACUACGUGAGCAACAUCACCGCCAUCCGGUGCUUCGGCGUGUACGCGGGCACGGCCGUCCUGGUGAACUACGUGCUGAUGGUCACGUGGCUUCCGGCCGUCGUCGUCCUGCACGAGCGGUACCUCCUCAACCUCUUCAGCGGCUUCCGGAAGCCGCAGCAGCAGUACGUCGGCAAGAGCUGCUGGGCGGCGGCUCGCCGGAAGUGCCACCGGCUGCUGUUCGCCGUCUCCGAAGCCUCGCGAGUUUUCUUCGAGAAGGUGCUGCCGUGCGUGGUCAUCAAGUUCCGCUACGUCUGGCUGUUCUGGUUCCUGGCCCUGACCGUGGGCGGGGCCUACGUCGUGUGCGUGAACCCCAAGAUGAAGCUCCCCUCCCUGGAGCUGAAUGAGUUCCAGCUCUUCAGGGCCUCGCACCCCUUCGAGCGCUACGACGCCGAGUACAAAAAGCUCUUCAUGUUUGAGCGCGUGCGCCGCGGGGAGGAGCUGCACAUGCCCAUCACGGUGGUCUGGGGCGUGUCCCCGGAGGACAACGGCGACCCCCUGAACCCCAAGAGCAAAGGGAAGCUGGCCCUGGAUGGCAGCUUUAACAUCGCGAGCCCUGCUUCCCAGGUCUGGAUCUUGCACUUCUGUCAAAAGCUGAGAAACCAGACUUUCUUUCACCAGACGGAUGAGCAGGAUUUCACGAGCUGCUUCAUCGAGACGUUCAAGCAGUGGAUGGAAAACCAGGACUGCGACGAGCCGGCCCUGUACCUCUGCUGCAGGCGCUGGAGUUUCCCCUACAAGCAGGAGAUUUUUGAGCUGUGCAUCAAGAGGGCCAUCAUGGAGCUGGAACGGAGCACGGGGUACCACCUGGACAGCAAGACGCCGGGGCCGAGGUUUGACAUCAACGACACCAUCAGGGCCGUCGUGCUCGAGUUCCAGAGCACCUACCUGUUCACGCUGGCUUACGAGAAGAUGCACCAGUUUUACAAGGAGGUGGACGCGUGGAUCUCCACGGAGCUGAGCUCGGCCCCCGAGGGCCUCAGCAACGGCUGGUUCGUCAGCAACCUGGAGUUCUACGACCUGCAGGACAGCCUCUCGGACGGCACCCUCAUCGCCAUGGGGCUCUCCGUGGCCGUGGCGUUCAGCGUGAUGCUGCUCACCACCUUGAACGUCUUCAUCAGCCUCUUCGCCAUCGUCUCGAUCACGGGAACCAUAUUUGUCACCGUGGGCUCUCUCGUCCUGCUGGGCUGGGAGCUGAACGUCCUGGAGUCGGUGACCAUCUCCGUGGCGGUCGGCCUUUCCGUGGACUUCGCCGUCCACUACGGGGUCGCUUACCGCCUGGCCCCGGAUGCCGACCGGGAGGGGAAGGUGAUCUUCUCCCUGAGUCGCAUGGGCUCCGCGAUGGCCAUGGCCGCUCUGACCACCUUUGUGGCCGGGGCCAUGAUGAUGCCGUCCACGGUUCUGGCAUACACCCAGCUGGGCACCUUCAUGAUGCUCAUCAUGUGUGUCAGCUGGGCUUUCGCCACCUUCUUCUUCCAGUGCCUGUGCCGCUGCCUCGGGCCCCAGGGCGCCUGCGGUCAGAUUCCUUUACCUGGGAGACUCCGGUGUGGCGCCUUCUCCCACGCCGUGUCCACGAGCCCCGGGGACAAGGGACAAAGCAAAACACACACCGUGAAUGCGUAUCAUUUAGAUCCCAGGGCCCCCAAAUCCGAAAUGGAGCAUGAGUUUUAUGAGUUAGAGCCCCUGGCGUCCCGCAGCGGCAGCGCCUCCGAGGAGACCCACAUCUGCUCCGAGUUUUCCGACGGCCCCGCGAGGAACUUCGGGAUGCCGGUGCGUGCCGCGUACAGCAGAGGCCCCGGGGGCGAUGGCAGCGGUGCCCCGUUCCCGCCCCCUCUCGAGCAGCACGCCGUGUGUCACUUCUUCUCUCUGAGUCAGACAUGCACUUGUCCAGAUGCCUACAGACACCUGACGCCUGGCCCACAUGCCGGCCAGCAGGCGGGUGACGGCCUGUGUCCCCAGUGCGCUGCCCCCGCCGGCAGCCUCGUGCACGUGCAGAAGGGCGCACACCAGGCCCCCGAAGGCUUCAUGUGCACCAUCCCGCACGUCCAUCACUGUCCCUGCCUGCAGGGCGGAGCGAGGCCACCGGGACCGCAGAAUCCUCUGCCCACGAGCUUUGUCCUGCACCCCGUGCAGCACAUUCAGGCCCCAGAGAAGACCCGCACUCACGGUCUCCCGAGCGUGGGGCACGUUCCCCCGACGGUGGGGCCGUCGGCCUGUGUCUGCAGAAGCCCUAGGUCCCCACGAAAAGCGCAUUGUGAUCCUGAGAACAGCCAAAGGGGGCUUGCUAGGAACAGAGACGUCGGGCACGUGGAGGGCGGCAGAGGGGCCAGGAACCAGGGCUCGGGUCCAGGGGGCCAGACGGACAAGACGGACAGGAACACGGGGCUGUGCUUGUCACAGUAUCUGGAACAGUCCGGUCAGAAUGAACCACACUUUGUGUUUAACCAUCUAACGGGGGACGCGCAGCCCGGGUCCUGCCCAGAGGGCGACUCUGCAGACUGUGAGGCCAGUGAGCCCCCUGCGUUCACGCACUCGGAACUUUCUGGUGAAAGUUUGUUGAUAAAAACACUCUAAUAAAUAUAGUGCUAAAUUCA